AUGAAUACGGAAUCCCAUGGCAUUUUAUCCCGAAUAUCUUGGCUAAGGCGUGCGGACCAGUAUUUUUUGUGGUCUAUCCCUAUCAAGAUAAUGGGGCUGCAAACAGGGUCUCAAUGGGACCUGCCACUUCGUCUAAGACCUUGCCUACUAGGCGUUCUCGUCCUUGUACUUGUUCUUAUGGGCAUCCUUGGUUUUCAUCCAAAUGUGCAAAAUUACAUCUAUUUGAAUGAUAAAGUGAUGCACUUUUUGGCCUUUAUGACGACAACAUAUUUGUGUUAUCGCAUGUGGGAAGUCGAUCAGGAUUCCAUGCAUGUACCAAUCUGGAAGUAUACACCCUUAAUCCUCACAAUAUUUACUAGCAUCAUCGCCGGCGGUAUUGGGUCGGAGUUUAUCCAAAGCCUGCUCCCCUACAAAACAUUCCAGCUGGGUGAUAUCCUUGCUAAUCUAAUGGGCUCAUGCACAGGUCUGUACGCCGCUUAUUAUAUGGAGCAAAGAUAUCGUGCGCGCUGUGAAUUACAGCAACUAUACGCACCACUCGACUUGGAAAACGUUAGUGAACCUGAGGAUGACGCUGAGCGGGAUCCUAUUGCACUGAUCUCUCCUUUUCGCAUUGGCGAAAGCACGUGA